CUCGAAACCCGGCCUACUCCUGACACCCACGAUGAUGAUGAUGACUAUGCAUUUUGGCUGAAGUAUGGCCAGAAGGCGGACUGGCCGAUUGGUCAGCCAGUGCCCUUGCCAAAAUGGGGUAGCUCAAGGCCACCCCUUGUGGUCAGCUCAAUCGAGGAGUAUGAAGAGCUGGCCAAUAAAUUUGAAAUUGAAGUACAGAAUCUACUUCAAACAUAUAAUUACGAUUCAGUGACUAAUUUUAUCAAAUUUUAUAAUGAAUUCAAAAAUGGACAAUGUGAAACAUUGGAGAACUUCUUUAGGGAAUAUAAGCCACCAUUAACGAAAAAUGCCAAUACUUGUGUUGGACUUGGGUUGAUAUUAAUAGGAAAAUUGGCAUUGUUAGAAAACAGAUUCCCUGGGAUUAAAGACAGCCUUUAUCUGGUGUCUUGCGAGGAAUCAAUAGAAAGUCACGAUCAUGAGGAAUAUAUAAGUAAUGAUUAUCCAGAUCCAUGGGUAAGCGACAAAGAACAUGUUAUGGUUGCUAUGCAAAUUGAAAUCAAUGGACGUGGAGGUGUAUUGCUAUUAGAUCCAGGCUAUCAAGUUGGUAGGGUUGUGACUGUGAUGAUCGAUCAACAAUAUCCACAUACAGGUCGUUUCGUGCCGGCUUCUUGUCCCAAAAAGGAAUAUUGUUAUCAAACAAUGGUUGGUGAAAAGUAUAUACAGUGGUCUGUUUGGAACGACUCUCCAAAACCAGAGAGCAACUUAGUAUACAUAGGAGCAUCUUACCAUUCACCAGUCUGUGUAACUGAACGCAGAAAUUUAGUCUACAACUUUAGAAGUUUAUUAGCAACCGACAGGAAAGGCCAUUUAUUAGCUGGUGUGUAUUUCAAAGCUGCACUACAAUCAACAUUCACAUUGUUCUGCGAUGAUGAUCAAGAUCCUAACAUUAAACACCGAAUUAAAGUUCCAUCUACAAAAUUCAGAGACUCAAAUGAAGUCGAUAGUGAUGUUGACAAGAUAUUAGAAUUAUGUAGUAAACAUCUCAAGAUGACAAAGAUUCAGUUUUAUUGCAUACUAUCAGCACUUGCGAAAAUAUUAGAAGAUAAAGAAUUCCUUGAUCAAAUGUGCAAAAUCAAUGAUGACAUUUAUAAACUUGGGGUUGAUGAAAAUAACAAUAAUGAAGGCGUUAAUAAUUACAAUUUAUCUGGUUAAUUUUAACAUUAAAAUUUUAUUUUGAUUUAUAUAUCUUAUUCAUAAAUAUAAUUUUCUAUGUGUAAUACUUAGUAGUUACUUUCUAUUUAUUAUUAUGAAUUAUCAAUGUUUAUUUUAUUUGUUUAAAAUUAUAAACUUAGUAAUUUUAGAUUUUUAUAUUAGAUGUAUUAUGGACAAGGAAAUAACUUUGAAGUGGAAAUAAAUAAUCUUGAUUUUGAUUUCAUACUUAAAA